UAGAUAACUGGCAUGGCAUGGUCGACAAUUGGCAGAACAGCCAUUAUUCACACGGACGCUUUCAUAUUCAUGAGUGGUCUCGUAACUGCAAGAAGUUUUUUGAAUGAACUUAGCCGCAAAGGAAAACUGGACGUCAAAUCAAGAUUAAUCUCAAGAAUUUUCAGGCUGAGUCCCAACUUGAUGGCUGUAAUUCUGUUUGCCACUUGGAUAUUUCCGAACGUCAACUGGGGUCCGCUCUGGCCUCAAGUUGUCACAACACACUCCCAACUCUGUCGCAAAUAUUUCUGGCGAAAUAUGCUCUACAUUCACAAUUUCUUCCCCUUUGAAAAGAUG